AUGGAACGUCAAGAACGCCGCGCUGAUUUUUGGGCCGUUUUAGGAUUAGAUUUGACACGAAACUAUCCAUUUAGGAAACCGAGCCAACCGCCACCAAUUUACAUCUACCACCACUACUUCAAGAAUAUGCCUCGACAUAAUCGAGAAACGUCACCUUUAAAUCGGACAAGAGAGACUAUCCAAACGUCCAGUUUUACUCGAGCGGAUAGCGCUGCGAGGAGUUUGAGUACCGGACGCAGCAGUAGCCACCGCCGGACGGCCAGUCAGAGCGAGGUCGCUCCCAAACUUGGAGGUCGUGCUGCAUUACUACUCUUUAUUGCUAUUCUGGUCGCGUUUGUCGUCCAGAGUUCUGCCACUCAGGCCUCCCGUUCCGCUUUCCUCACUCAGAAAAUAGUAACCACCAUCAUACUCACGAUCGCCAUCGCGCUCCCCGGUCUACUAUGGUACAUUGCUGUCUCCCUCGGCCCCUCCAUCAGCGACGUCACCGCUAUAUGGAACACGAGCGCACUCUGGGCCUACAUCCUCUCCGUCGCCAUGUUACCCGUCGAUUUUGGAACAGAGGCACCCUCGGCUUGGUGGAGGAGAUUGGAGUUGCGCAAGUUGGUCGUCAUCGCCAUGGCAUGUGCGGGUGUGGCUGUCGUCGUGUACUCGGGAUCCGAUGCUUCUUCAGAUAAAAAGGAUACUUCUGGCGAGAAGAACAAGUCAGAGAUAUCGGCACCUCUUCUUG